AUGCCACAGGAGAAAAAAAAAAAGCGAAAUAUAGAAAAAAGACAAAAGCAAAUGCAAAACUGAUGCAACUUGCAAUACAUUUUCAUUACUAGUUCUCUACAACAACAAAAUUACUCAGAAAUUGAUCAGUUUAGCAUUUAUGAAACAAAAAAAUUCAUACAAGUUGAUUCAAAUCUAUCACUAUUCUUUAAAACCCUAAAAUAUGUUUGUAAUGGGAAAACUUCUCUGUUGUUCUCUUGGUUUUUAUACAUUCAUAUAUUCCAAAAAUAGAAAUUACCUGGGUUGAUCAUGCAUGAUGAAGACAAACAUAAAAGAAAUGUAAAAUGAAAUUGAAUAUUAUGAAGAGGCGAUCUGUAGUUACAUCUCGAUCAAGGUUGUUGAAGUUUGAAUUGGUACUUUGAAGAUUCUGCAUUCGGGUUCAUUCUGAUUGGGGUGUUGCCUUUGGCCUAGGAGGAUACAUCGUUUUCAGCUUGUCGGAUGGUUGGAACAUCUUAGAGCUACUUGCAAUGGAUGCCAACUGAAAUGUUUGAUUUCUUUGGGCAUUACAUUGUUGCUCGUCUAUAAAUUGUUUGAGUUAUUUCCUUGAUUAUUCCUUUGUUGAUCAAUUAGAUUUUCGGUAUUUUGAGCUUGUUUUUGUGAACUCAUCUCAAGGCUUUGCUCAUUUGAUGUGAGGUGACCAUAAGGUCAUUGUGCAGCCAAAUGAGCAUUGCACAAUGAGUGAGGAAGGAGGAUUGUCAGUAGAUGGACAAAUCAAACAACAAAGAUUUUGAUCUAUUUGGCACAUUGAAGACUUGUAUCCCGUGGCAUUUCAAAUCCGAUAAUGUGUCAAGGCACUUUUGGAUGCCGGAUCAUAGCUGUAGAGUAUGCUAUAAUUGUGAUGCUCAGUUUACGGUAUUCAAUCGUAGACAUCAUUGCCGAAUCUGCGGUCGAAUCUUUUGUGGCAAAUGUACAGAAAAUUCUGUUCCAGCUUGUACUCGUGGUUCCAGUGAUUUGCUGGGUGAGCAGGAGAAGGUGCGGGCGUGCAACUAUUGUUUCAAGCAAUGGGAGCAUGCCUCAACUUGUGUUGAUCGUGGGUCACAUGAUCCUAUAGAUUGUACUGUCUCGGAAGUUAGCAAUGUCAGUUCAAAGUCUAGUGAAUCUGCUUAUGGUAGCACUAUUACUAUUUGUUCGGUGUCAUUCGCUAUCUGGGAACACUAUUCUGAGAGUCUUUCUCUCAGUCCAUAUCAAUCAGCAAUGCUUGAUCCGUCUAUAGAUAUCCGGCUCACAGAGGCUUCAGGAAGCAACAAUAUUACUGUCCCCUACGCAGAUGAUUCAUCCGUAAAUCAAUGUGGAUUGGGUACAAACAGGAGUGAUGAUGAUGAUGAUUUUCUUGAAGUUUACGAAUUGGAUUCCCAAUCAAAAAAUUUUUCUCAAGUUAAUGCCUUCUAUGGUCCAGUUGAAUUCAAUGAGAUGCAAAAAGCCUAUGAGUCACAUAGUUAUGCUCUUAAUAUGGGUAGUGCUGUCACAAAGAGCUUGAGUAGCUCUGCUUCUCAGGACAGUUAUGAUUUGCAUGAUCACAGUGAACAUUUAGUUAUGAAGGAAGAUAAUAAUUUUGGCGAUGAAUGUGAAGCACACUCAUCUUUGUGUACUAUUGAGGACAUGAACAGUGUGACUGAGCUUGUGGAUUUUGAGAACAAUGUACUUCUUUGGCUUCCACCUGAACCUGAAAAUGAAGAGGAUGAUAGAUAUACUAGUAUGUUUGGUGAUGAUGAUGAUCUAGACACCUCAGGCGAGUGGGGUCAUUUGGGUAGUUCUAGCACUUUUGGUAGCGAUGAAUAUUGUGAAAAGGAGAGCUCUGGGGAAGAGCAGAAUAAGGCUAUGAAGAAUGUAGUUGAUGGACAUUUUAGGGCUCUGGUAUCCCAACUUCUUCAGGUUGAGAACAUUCCUGUUACUGAUGACAAUGCUCAAGAGAGUUGGUUGGAAAUUAUUAUUGCUCUUUCAUGGGAAGCUGCAACCCUUCUGAAGCUUGAUACAAGCAGAAGUGGGGGUAUGGAUCCUGGUGGAUAUGUGAAGGUGAAGUGUGUAGCCAGUGGAUGUCGCUCAGAGAGUAUGGUUGUGAAAGGAGUUGCAUUCAAAAAGAAUUUGGCUCAUCGUCGAAUGAGUUCAAGGAUCGAGAAACCUCGCCUCAUGAUCCUUGGCGGAGCUUUGGAGUACCAGCGGGUUUCUAAUAUGUAUUCAAGCUUUGAUACUCUUCUGCAGCAGGAAAAGGACUAUUUGAAGAUGGCAGUUGCAAAGAUUGAUGCCCACCGCCCUAAUGUGUUGUUGGUCGAGAAGUCAGUUUCUCGAUAUGCACAAGAACUUAUUCUUGCAAAGGACAUCUCUCUUGCUCUCAAUAUGAAGAGACCAGUUCUUGAGCGCAUAGCGCGUUGUUCUGGAGCUCAAAUAGUUCCCUCAAUUGAUCAUCUUUCAGCUGAAAAGGUGGGGUAUUGCGACCUUUUCCAUGUGGAGAAGUAUUAUGAAGAUCAUGGAUUGGCUGGGCAAAGUGGCAAGAAAUUUACAAAAACGUUGAUGCACUUUGAAGGUUGUCCAAAGCCUCUGGGAUUCACUAUUAUACUUAGAGGAGCAAAUGUAGAUGAGCUGAAAAAAGUGAAGCAUGUUAUGCAAUAUGGAGUCUUUGCUGCGUAUCACUUGGCUCUUGAGACAUCUUUUCUUGCAGACGAAGGGGCCACUUUGCCUGAACAUCUGUACGAUGAAUCGUUUACUGUAGCUCUUACAAAUAAAUCCUCAGGUAUGGAUCGGUCUAUCUCAUUGGUGCCUGGCUUUAAAGUUCCUGUACAUGGGAAGGAAGGAAACUUCGAGGAGACUGAAGCUUUGAAUGCCAUGUCUACUUCCUUACACAGUGUUCCUGUCAUGCAAAAUACAGAACUAACAAAAUCAAUGUCUUUACCUUCACAUACUAUCUAUAAAAAUGAUGGACCCGCUUUAAGCUGCACUAAUAUCACUAGCUCCACCAAAACAUCUUCAGGUAAUGUCUCUGGUUCAGAGCAUUGUUGCGAUUAUGUGGCUUCCAUAUCACCUGUUGACAAGAAAAAUCAUUUUGCAGAACUCAUGGAUCGAGAUACAUCCGCUGUCAAUUGUAGUGAAUUGUUACAUGAACCCCUUGAAUAUAAUGAUUCUUACCCACUACAGUCUAUGGAGCUUACAUCUGAAGAUGCUUGUAUUGCUGACAAUAUGACUAGUGUAAAUGAGACAGGUUCUGAGGCUUAUGUUCGACAGGAUGCUAAGAGUAUUAAUCAGGACCAGCCUAAAUCUUUGGAAGAUAUGCUCCCUCCAUCAACAUCUGAUGUGCAAAGCAUCUUAGUUUCCUUAUCAUCACGAUGUGUGUGGAAGGGGACAGUCUGUGAAAGGUCCCGUCUUUUCAGGAUCAAAUACUAUGGUAGUUUUGAUAAACCAUUAGGUCGGUUUUUACAAGAUCACUUAUUUGAUCAGAGCUACAGGUGUAGAUCUUGUGAUUUGCCCUCCAACGCCCAUGUUCAUUGUUAUACUCAUCGACAGGGUACACUCACCAUUUCAGUGAAGAAUUUGUUAGAGAUUUUUUUACCCGGAGAGAGAGAAGGAAAGAUAUGGAUGUGGCAUAGGUGUUUGCGCUGUCCAAGGACCAGUGGUUUUCCUCCUGCUACUCGGAGAGUUGUGAUGUCAGAUGCUGCAUGGGGUUUAUCAUUUGGGAAGUUUUUGGAGCUUAGCUUUUCAAAUCAUGCAGCAGCAAGCAGGGUUGCUAGUUGUGGUCACUCUUUACAUAGGGAUUGUCUUCGGUUCUAUGGAUGUGGGAAAAUGGUUGCCUGCUUCCGUUAUGCAUCAAUUGACAUCUACUCAGUAUACCUUCCACCUGCUAAAGUCGAUUUUAACUUUGAAGCCCAGGAUUGGAUACAGAAAGAAGCAUAUGAGGUGGUUGAACGAGCAGAAUCCUUGUUUUCUGAGGUGCACAAUGCCAUCAAGCAAAUCGUGGAAAAGAAGCACGGUGUGUUGGGUGCUGGUGCCAUACCCUCUGAAUCAAGGAUUGCAGCACUUGAAGAAAUUUUAGAAUAUGAGAAGACAGAAAUUCAGGAUUUUCGUCGAAAAGUGUAUAACAAGGAUGUGAAAAAGGGUCAUCCUGCUUUAGACAUUCUGGAGAUUAACGGAUUAAGGAAGGAUCUGCUCUUCUUGUCCAGCUAUUGGGACCAAUGCCUGGUUGAUGCUGCUAAGGAUGACAACCAAGAUGUUACCAAUGAUGAUUUUAUGGGACUAAGCAUUCUCACAAGAUUAAACAAUCAUCUUAUAGGUGGUGAAGCUCUUGGUAUGGACCAAAAAAUAAUGGGGAAUUCCAAUCUGGAAGAUGGAACUAAGAAUGUUGGGAAACCGCCAGAGACAGCUUUGCAAACUAGAACUAGUUUGGAUCGCACUUGUGAAUUUGAAGACCAAGGUGAACCCUCAACUUGCACUGAGAAUUACAAACAGGCUGACCCUUUGAAGUGUGGAUCAACUGUUCGAAAGACCCUAUCUGACAGUCAGUGCAUAAAUCUUUCAGCUACUCUUGAUGCUGCCUGGACGGGUAAAAUUCAGCCAGAAAUUGAGGUCAAAGAAGAUAACAGCUACACAUUGACAGGGUCAAUUUCAGUUGAUUCUCCAUUGGCAGUAGUGGUUGAAAGGCUUGCUCUUGAGAAUCAAGCUGAAGAGAUAGGCUUUGCGAAGGCAGAUACAUCUUCUUCACGUGUGGCAUCUACAAAUUCAAAAGGAUUAGAUAAUGCGGAAAACGCCCUAAGCCGGUUUGGGAUUCCCUUUGUCAACUUCUAUCGCUCUUUGAAUAAAGCCUUUCAUGCAAGUGAUCAAAAGCUUGAUAGAUUUUCUGGUUACAACCCCAUGUACAUUUCAUCAGCCCGUGAAAUGGAGCAGCAAGAUGCAGCUAAGUGGCUUCUUCCUGAAGGUUUGAAUGAAUAUAUUAUUCCAGUUUAUGACGAUGAGCCAACCAGCAUGAUAUCAUAUGCGUUGACCUCACAGGAGUAUCACACUCAGUUAUCAGAUGAUGGGGUAAGAUCAAAAGAUAUUGAGUCUGCAUCUUCAUUGCCGAUGCAAGAAUCAGCCAGCUUUCAUCAAUUUCUUUCACUUGUUAAACCAUUGAGCGAACCAAACAGAAGUAUUUCAAUAGAUGAGACCGUCAUGUCCACAUCGGGCACAGGCAGUUCCUUCAUGUCAGAUCCGCUUUUGUACACAAAGUCAUUGCACAUAAGAGUUCCUUUUACUGUUAAUGGUCCUGUUGAUAAAGUGAAAUAUACUGUUACGUGUUACUUUGCAAAGCAAUUUGACGCUUUAAGGAAAAUGUGCUGCCCAUCUGAGCUGGAUUUUAUUAGAUCAUUAAGUCGUUGUAAGAAAUGGGGUGCCCAGGGUGGCAAAAGCAAUGUCUUUUUUGCAAAAACUUUUGACAACAGGUUUAUCAUCAAACAGGUUACAAAAACAGAGCUUGAAUCAUUUACAAAAUUUGCUCCUGAAUAUUUUAAGUAUCUCAUGGAGUCUAUAAACACAAAGAGCCCAACAUGCCUAGCAAAAAUUUUGGGCAUCUAUCAGGUUACUACAAAAAAUCUCAAAGGGGGUAAGGAAUCAAAAUUGGAUGUUCUGGUCAUGGAGAACCUUUUGUUUAAAAGAAAUGUCACAACACUUUAUGAUCUGAAAGGUUCUUGUAGAUCACGUUAUAAUCCAAAUUAUAAUGGGAAUAAUGAGGUCCUUUUAGAUCAAAACCUACUUGAAGCAAUGCCUACUUCCCCCAUUUUUGUUGGCCACAAGGCGAAGCGCUUGUUGGAGAGAGCGGUGUGGAAUGACACUUCUUUUCUUGCUUCUGUGGAUGUGAUGGACUAUUCCAUGCUGGUUGGAGUGGACGAAGAAAAUCACGAACUAGUGCUUGGGAUAAUUGAUUUCAUGAGGCAAUAUACUUGGGAUAAACAUCUCGAAACAUGGGUAAAGGCUUCUGGCAUUCUUGGUGGACCGAAGAAUGUAUCUCCGACUGUAAUUUCGCCCAAGCAGUAUAAGAAAAGGUUCCGGAAAGCCAUGACAACAUAUUUUCUCAUGGUCCCUGAUUUGCCACCCCCGACUGUUAUAUCAAUCGAACCGCAAAGUAAUCUUGGUGAAGAGAUUGCUCAAGAGGAGAGUAACCUCUGUGAAGAGAAAUCUCAAGGGGCAUCAUGAAACCAUUGGAAUUCUGUAUAUUGGAAUAUAGUAAAAAAAUUGUUCAUAGCAAAUUUGAGGUCAUAUUUCCUCCAUAGUUUUUCUUUUUCUUUGUUAGUUAAAUAUUUUUUCCUUUUUCUGUUUAGUGAAAUUUGAAUGUAGUCUUUAUUAGAUUGAGAUAGAUGUUAUCAUUUGUGAAAAUAGGCGCUUAAAGUUGCAGCCAAGGUCUCAUUGGGGUGUACUAUAUUUGAUAGCCUACCAAGGCCAGGUUCCCGGUUUUCAGAGGCUAUGAGAGACGUGCUCUUAUAAGAGUUGUUAUUUUUGUAAACAUGUGAUACAAUACAAUUUUUGUAAACAUCUGCAAUACAACUUAAUUUGAUGA